AUGUCUUCGGUCCAGCGUGCGUUUGCUCACAAGUUAAGCAAACAGCAUGCUGCCGAUGUAAGGCGGCAAAUCGCUACUUCUACAUCCUAUUCGCGAGACUUGUCCAAGAGUGGUAGUAGUGUAUCAGGAUUCUCUUCGACGAUGUCCUUGUGUGAGGUAUUAGAGCCACUUGAUUACGAGGAGUUCUUAGGACAACAUCAGACAGUGCUGGAUCGUGAUCCCUUAAAACCAAUACUGGAUUUUCCACCUGGAGAUGUUGAACUGAGGGUUAUAAAGAGAAAGAUUCGAACAGAGGAGCCAGUGGUUCCACACGAAUCUUUAGAUACCGUGUCGCCUUACGUGAAGAGAUGCAUUGAGAGCUUUACUUCAGACUGGGUUGUAAUACAUCGCAAAUACAAAGGGAGAAUCUCUCCUAUUGCUAGAGACAGAUUGCUUCAGGAUACACCUAGACAAGAUUUUGAGGUUGAUCAAGAGGAUAUAAAUGGCUGUGGAUCACCGAACGAAGAAGACGAUUUGUCUAACUGUGGAGAUACACCGAGAGGAUCUUGGGCAAGUUUGGAUUUACGGCAUUCGCAGCAUGAUCCACUGUUGCCAAGUUUAUUAGAUCGCGUCUGUCUGGAGACGAUUGAUCAAAUGAACGAGCAGAAGAGAUUGGAAGAUCGACAGGAAGCUCUAUUCCCGCUUUACGCCCCUCCGACUUCUCCAGAUGAUGAGUGGCAAGAAAUUAGCGUUGCACCUGAACCUACAGAGCCCUUCGCUCAUAAAGUUCUUGUGAAAUGUCUGCAGUUAAAGUUAGAACUGGAAGUGGAGCCAAUAUUCGCGAGUCUCGCAUUGUACGAUGCCAGAGAAAAGAAAAAAGUGUCGGAGAAUUUUUAUGUCGAUAUGAAUUCUGAGGGAUUGAAAAGAAUGCUUGGAGGGCACAUUGCCUAUAGCGACGCUAGUACUUUAGCUAGAGGUUGCGUUCUCAGCAUCAGCAAACCGAGUCCUGAUUUGUUUCUCGUCGUGCGGCUAGAGAAAGUAUUGCAGGGUGACAUUUCGGAGUGUGCCGAGCCAUAUUUACGCGAAGAUAAAAAUAAAGAUAAAGUUAGAGCAGCCGCUGCUGCUGCGUGCGAACGCUUAGGCCGUUACAGAAUGCCCCUCGCAUGGACCGCGAUUCAUCUGUCCGGUGUGAUUGGAGGUGGCGGCGAUGCGGAUAGCACUGGCAGUGCUGGAUCCCUAGAUCGCAAAUCUAGCGGGUUGGAACAAUGGCGAAAGAAAGUAGAACCGCCGACGCGACGAGGAUCGUUGGAAAGACGAAGCUCGGACAAGAGGCGCAGCUGGUCUCCAGACGACUUCGCCAACUGCCUCGAGAGCUUUAGGCCCAUCACUUUAACCGUUUCGAGCUUUUUCAAGCAGGAAAGCGAACGACUUCGCGAUGAAGAUCUCUACAAGCUUUUGGUCGAAUUACGAAGACCUGGUUCUAAUUUGAAACGAUUGAAAUGCUUGCCAGGGAUAUUGAAACUGGAUCUCAGUCCUAGGCCCGAAGAGCUGCCUAGGUGUCUGGAUCCUGAUCUCAGGAGAUUAGUUCCAUAUCCGGAUGAAAAAAGUCGACCGGUCAAAGAGAUACUCGAGUUCCCGAGCGAAGUUGUUUCGCCGGAUUUAACGUAUCGUAAUCUGCUUUAUCUUUAUCCCAAAGAAGCGAAUUUCAGCUCCAGAACUGGCUCGGCCCGCAAUAUCGCUGUGAGGAUUCAGCUCAUGGGAGGCGAACAGGAAGCUGAUGCGCUUACAGCUAUCUUCGGCAGAUCGUCGUGUCCCGAGAUGACGCACGAGUACUUCACCUCCGUGUCGUAUCACAACAAGAAUCCGAACUUUUACGACGAAGUCAAGAUGAGACUACCGGCGGAUUUAAGCGCUAGACAUCAUUUGCUGUUCACUUUCUAUCAUAUCAGUUGUCAGAAAAAAGUGGAACAACCGAACGUUGAGACACCAGUCGCUUACACGUGGCUACCACUUUUGAGAGACGGUCAUCUCCAAUCCGGCGAAUUCAGCUUGCCCGCUAUGCUAGAUCCGCCACCCGCAAAUUAUUCCUAUAUCGCGCCCGAUGUUCUUCUGCCGGGAACUCGAUGGGUAGAUGCUCAUCGAGGAGUUUUCACUGUUAUAUUGGAGCCUGUUUCCAGCGUUCAUCCGCAAGACAAAUACAUCGACAGAUUUUUAUCGUUAUGCGGCUUUUUGGAGACCGGUCAAGUUCCGCCUCGCAUCGGCGAAGCGGGCAUGGAGUCAGAAUUGAAAUCAGCCCUUCUCGAAUUAGCGCGCGCCUCGCACUCCGCCUUGGUGCGAUCUCUUCCGCAAUUACUGGAUCAAUUACUGUGCCUUCUCGUGCGACCGCCAACCUUACCGUCUCAAUCGUUGAACGUUGCGGCCACUAUUUUCGAAGCUCUAGGACUGCUCAUGCGAAAUAUCACCCAUCUGCCGGAUGGCCAAUUAGAUGCGCACGGAAGACACGCGCUCUUGGCCACCUACAUCGCGUAUCAGUGCUCUCUGCCAAGUAUGAUUCAAGAUGGAGGCGUUGUGCGAGCACAGAGCAAUCCCGAUUUGCCCAUGGAAGACAUGGAAAUGGAGAUUCAUUCACGAGGGCUGGACAGAACCGCGUCGAUGCGGCAGGAAUCCCCGUCGAUCAGCAGCCAACCCACCAGGCGACUUCUGCACGAGGAGCUCGCUUUGCACUGGGUUGUGUCGACCGGUCAGGCACGCGAACUGGCGAUAACCCAUUCCUGGUUCUUCCUGGAGUUGAUCGUACGUUCGAUGGUCGUCACGCUGUCCGAAAUGGGCGCCUUGGAGGCUCCGCGGAAGCUGAGAUUCUCGCUACAGUUCUGCGACGACAUUGCGACUCUCACCGCCGCGUUGACGUCCGAGGUGAUAUCGCGCUGCGGCAAGGAGACCCGCGUGGCGUCCAACUUGAUCUCCAGCCUCGGCAACUUCCUGUCCGAUCUGCUGUCCGUGAUGGACAGAGGUUUCGUGCUGUCGCUCGUUCGCGCCGCUUGCUGCUCGCUGUCGGACGCAUCGAUGCACAUUCCCGACUCGGCGGCGUUGUUCGCUCUGAAGCUCGAUCUUGUGAGAACGGUGUGCUCGCACGAGCACUACGUGGCGCUGAAUCUUCCCUUUGGCACGGGCUACACAUCGGGAUCCGCUCCGGCGUCACCCAGUCCGUCGACCGGCAGUUCAGGCAGCCUGAUCUCCACUCUCGUGCCCGGGGACAGAGCCAGAUUUUCGGAACUCAGCCAGGAGUUCAGGCAGCAGCACUUCCUGGUCGGCAUCGUUUUGUCCGAUUUGACAAACACCCUGGAAAUACCAAAUCCGAUGCUGCAGAACAAGGCGAUCGGAACCGUUCGGCAUCUUAUGAAUUACCACGACGCCGAUCCGCGAUAUUCCGAUCCCGCCGCGAAAGCCAGAGUCGCCGCGCUAUAUUUGCCGCUGCUCAACAUCUUGAUGGACGCCCUACCCCAGCUCUACCACUGGGAUUCCAAAGACAAAAGCGUUUAUACGGAUGAAUCCGGCUCGAUCACGCAGUCGGUGGCUUUGGCCAUCGCCGGCGGAGCGUCGGCGGACACCGCGGGUAAUCAGUGCCGCGUGUCGUUGAGCUCCGAAGCCACUCGGCAUCUAUUAAUGUGUGUCUUAUGGGUACUCAAGGGAUUGGAGCGAACCGCGUUAGCGCAGUGGUGCUCCGAGCUUAGUGCAAGGCGUAUCCUGAGCUUGCUACAAGUAUUGAACAUCGCCACCGCCGCUUUCGAGUACAAAGGCAAGAAGGCGCUUAAAAGAUUGCCGCCUCAAGCUGCGGUCACUAGCGAUAUUAGGUCGCGAUUGGAAGAUGUGAUACUCGGUCAGGGAAGUGCUAGGAGCGAGAUGAUGCUGCGAAGGAAGGAGAGAGUGACUGGCGACAAGCUGAGGUGGCGAAAGGACCAAAUGCCUUACAGAUCUUGCGAACAGCCGGAAGGUAGAGCUGUGGAACAAGACGCCCACAUAGAAGGAGCUCUAGCGGCUGAAGCUUCUCUCGUCGUAUUAGAUACCUUAGAAUCCGUGGUUCAAGCCGAUGGCGGUGGAGGUGCGGUUGUCGGAGCGGUGUUAAAAGUAUUAUUAAGAGCGCUGGCUAGAAAUCAAAGCACAUCCGUGCUUCAGCACAUGUUUAACACACAGCGAGCUCUAGUUUUCAAGUAUCACAGCGCACUGUUCGACGAGGAAAGCGAGCGCUGCGGUGAUUUGUGUUUAACUUUGCUCACUCGAUGCAGCUCGCCCUUAAGCGCUGUCAGAAGCCAUGCAGCUGCCAGUCUGUAUUUAUUGAUGCGACAGAACUUCGAAAUUGGAAAUAAUUUUGCACGCGUUAAGAUGCAAGUUACAACGUCCUUAUCCGCUCUUGUUGGAAGAGGAAGAGCUCCUAGCGAGGGAGCACUGCGAAGAGCGUUGAAAACAGUGCUGGUGUACGCCGAAAGAGACACGGAGCUUGCAGAUACAAGCUUUCCCGAACAAGUGAAAGAUCUACUGUUCAAUCUUCAUAUGAUCCUCUCUGAUACCGUCAAGAUGAAAGAAUUCCAAGAGGAUCCUGAAAUGCUGCUGGAUCUAAUGUAUAGAAUCGCCAAGGGCUAUCAAGGCUCACCAGAUCUUCGACUGACUUGGCUGGCGAACAUGGCGCAGCAACACAUGGAGAGGAAGAAUCACACAGAAGCCGCAAUGUGCUUAGUGCACAGCGCUGCUCUGGUAGCGGAGUAUCUUCAUCUGUUAGAACCUGGCGGUGGCGGCCGACCUGUAGGAGCCGUCGCUUUGAAUCCUGUGUCACCGAACGCUUUGGAGGAAAGCGCGGUGGGCGACGACGUGUUGGCUAGAAGGGAAGAAGGACUUUGUUUGGGUCCUGACUUUUCGGAGAGCGGACUGGCGGGAUUAUUAGAGCACGCGGCUAGCUCGUUUCACGCAGCUGGAAUGUACGAAGCUAUUCCUGAUGUGUACAGAGUGCUGCUGCCUAUAGCCGAAGCUGCGCACGACUACAAGAAAUUGGCUAACAUUCACGGAAAACUUCAUGAAGCGUAUACGCGCGUAGAACAGUUGUCUGGCAAACGCGUCUUCGGGACGUACUUCAGGGUCGGCUUUUACGGUGCCAGAUUCGGCGAUCUCGCGGGUGAAGAGUUUGUUUACAAAGAGCCGACCUUGACGAAGCUACCGGAGAUAUUUUCGAGACUUGAGAACUUUUACGCUGAGAGAUUUGGCGCGGAGAAUAUAGUCAUAAUAAAGGAUUCGAAUCCUGUGGAUCCUAGCAAACUGGAACCGGACAAGGCUUACGUGCAGAUCACCUACGUGGAACCGUACUUCGAGGCGCACGAGCUUAGACACAGACCCACAGUUUUCCAUCGAAAUUUCAACAUAAAACGAUUUGUUUACGCAACGCCUUUCACUCCCGGUGGCAAGGCUCACGGUGAAUUACGUGAACAAUGUAAACGGAAAACGAUAUUAACGGUAACGACGCAUUUCCCAUAUCUAAAAACCAGAAUUCGAGUUGUAGCUCGAAAGCAGAUAGUUCUAAGCCCGAUUGAAGUUGCAAUCGAAGACAUACAGAAGAAGACUGCCGAGGUGGCGGCUGCGACUGCUCAGGAACCGCCUGACGCAAAGAUACUGCAAAUGGUCCUUCAAGGUUGCAUUGGCACGACUGUCAAUCAAGGACCCGCCGAGGUAGCAGUCGUGUUUCUGUCCGGUUUGCGCGAACAGAAUGCGCAACCGACCAGAUUGCAACACAAGCUUCGCCUGUGUUUUAAGGAUUUCCAGAAAAAGUGUCUCGACGCUUUGCGACGUAACAAGAAUCUUAUUGGUCCUGAUCAGCGGGAUUAUCAACGAGAAUUGGAAAGAAAUUACCAAAGAUUGACCGAACGACUGGCACCUCUCAUUGCUUGGAGCGGGCCGUCUUUAAUUAAUCAGCAAACUGUGCCGGCAACUUCUCCGCGUUGGUAGGAAAAUAAAACACUGCCAUAUAAGUUUGCCAAAGAUCCAACCAUUAAUCGUAUAUAAAGUUGUCACUUAUAACAUAAGUAAUUCUACUUAUAGUCGUAUUAUGAGGAAUAUUUGUGCGUUGAAUCCUUGCUUUAUAAUGAAAUUGAACCUUAUAUAUUCCAAAUUAUUUGGAAAAUAAGCGUAUAUAUUAGUAUAUUAUUUAGAGGAUUAUACUAUAGAUUUUUAUCAUAAGUUAUCAAAUAAAUUGAAACAUUGAUUGUAUUGUAAAAAAGUAAAAAGCUGUCAGAUUUGUUUGCAACAAUUUUAUCGAAUGUAAAACAAGGAUUUAGCGUAAUUUAUUUAUAGAACUGAAAUUUUUAUGCUUAAGUAAGUACUUAAGUAUAUCACAUUACGUGUAAGUAUACCACUGUGACUAUCGUAUUAAAUGGAUUGAGAUAUGAUCGUGCAUCUACAUUUAGAAUUUGUAUUUUUUUAAGUGAUAAACGUAUAUAUCAUGCAAAUAUGCAUUAUUAAUCAUAAAUUUUCCAUAGGUUUAUUAAACCUAUGCGCUUUUUAUUUAUUAAAUACAUAAAAAAAUACAAAACGUAAUUAACAGUACAGUAAUAGAUAUUUAGAUCUAUUCAAAAAUUUUAAGUAUGUUUAUUUUUAUGUGAAUAUUUGGUUAAUUAUUUGUUGAGAGAUUAAUUUCUUGUUGCUUUGUAUACAAUCAUUUCUCAUCUCUUCUCGUUACUAUUGAUAUUUAUAUAUUAUAUCUUGGUAAUAUAUUUAUCCAUAAAUAUACACCUUGAUACUAUGUGAUCGUGACACUUUAUAAACCGAGUGCUAAAUAUUUUUUAGAGAACGAAAAUAAUUUCUUAAGAAAUUAGACUAGAUAAAAUCAUGAUUAGAAGUAUUUCCUUAGAAUCUCUUGCAAUGUAGAACAGAAGGUGUAUGAUGCACUCGAUUUAUAAAAUGUGAAUUUAUAAUAGACAAAUUGUGUAGUAUUAUAUAAAAAUAAGCUGGAGAACUUUUUCUACCACAUAAAUAUGUAAGAUUGAAAUCUUUAUAUGUUUAUGACACCUUAAGCCUUGUACGAGAUCGCACUUUAAGUAUUUUUUGAAACAUUCGAAAUAGGUAUACAUGAAUUUUGUAUGUUGUCAGAUUGUGUUUCAAAGAAAAGAAGGGAACA